UCCGCCGCUCGCCGUGGCCUUAAGUGCCACGGUGGUGCGCGUUAAUCUUCUCUGAGCGCCCUGAUCCCGGGCAUCCCGGCCCGGUCCGGGGAAUUAGGAUCUGGGGCGGCGGGUGGGGGGAGGAGGCCGGCCGGAACAGCCCCUCAAGGCCCCCCUUCGCCCAGAUGGAGCGGGUGGUGGUGAGCAUGCAGGACCCCGACCAGGGCGUGAAGAUGCGGAGCCAGCGCCUGCUUUUCACUGUCAUUCCGCACACUGUGGCUGGCAGCAACGUUGUGGAGUGGCUGAUCCAGAAGUACUGCAUCUCAGAGGAGGAGGCCCUGCACCUGGGCACUCUGCUGGUGCGGCAUGGCUACCUGUACCCGCUGUGCGACCCCCACAACCUCGUGCUCCGGCCGGACGACACACCCUACAGAUUUCAGACACCCUAUUUCUGGACGAGCACGCUGUGGCCCGCUGCGGAGCUGGACUAUGCCAUCUACCUGGCGAAGAAGAAUAUCCGAAAGCAGGGGGCCCUGGUCGGCCAUGAGAAGGAGCACUACGGCCAGCUGCACAGGAUGAUCAGCCACGCCUGGGACCUGGUGCUGAUGCAAGCCAGAGAACAGCUUCGGGCAGCCAAGCAGCGCAGGAAAGGGGACAGGCUGGUCAUUGCAUGCCAGGAGCAGACGUACUGGCUGGUCAACAGGCCCCCGCCGGGGGUCCCCAGCGUCCUGGAGUGGGGUCCAGAGCGCAGUUCCUGCAGUGCCGGGCCAGCACAGAUGACCAAGAAUCCGGAUUUCUACAAGCAGGAGAUGGAGCGCUGCAGAAAGGCCCUGGCCAGGGCCCGGGUGAAGUCCUCCGUCUGCCUCGAGGCGUACCUGAAGUUCACCAGCCAACGUGGCCCACACGACCCCAUCAUGUCAGGGUGCCUGCCUAGCAACCCCUGGGUCACAGGCGAUGACACCUACUGGACCAUGAACGCACCCAGUGUGGCUGUGCCCACGAGGCUCCGUGUGCAGCGAUGGGGCUUCAGCUUCCAGGAGCUCUUGGAAGACCCUGUGGGACGCUCCCACUUCAUGGACUUUCUCGGGACGGAGUUCAGUGGUGAGAAGCCCGCCGCCCUGCUCGAGGCCCCCCGGGGGGGGCGAGGCCAGGACCAGGACGAGGUGAGGCAGGGGGGCUGCAGUGGGGAGUCCUGCCUCCACCAGGCAUCUCCCUUAGAUCCCAGCAAACUGCUCCCAGCCAUCCUCACCCACACAGGUAGGGUCAGGCUGGGGACCAGCCUGACCAUCCUCCUGGAAGAGUGGGCAUCCACAGAAGCUGAAGGCCACCAGAGGCCAUAG